UCAAAUGCAUUAUUUUCGUUCGACAGUUUACUAGAUUUGUGUGGCAUGUGCCCCUGCGACAGCCAUUUUGCCAGUGCGGAGUGAAAUUGUGUCGAAUUUUGCAAAAGUACUGAACAGCGGUAAGCCCUAAUUAUUUCUUCAUUGUGUAAAGGGAAUCGGGUGACGGGGACACGUAGUGCCCAGUUCCGUGCGGUUCCGGUGGCAGGGCCAAAAAACUGUCAACGAAAACAUCUGCGGCGACCAAUCUGUACCCUCUGCCACCCGUAGAACAGCUCGUUCCAUGGAAGCCGCUUAAUCGGGCACAUGUUUUCCGGCCCCAAAACCACUUGAAACGCCUCAAUUCUCUCGUAACACUCGUGCGGUUGGUGGGUCGAUUUGGGCGAUGCGUGUAGGGCUGCGCCCCAGCCCUUUGGUACUCGCUGCGCGGUUUUAACUGGCCGCCCUUUGGGGCUCUGCUGGAGUUUCCUGGGCAACUGUAGGUUUUUUGGCGUCCCCCCACAUCGCCCCCAGAGAGGGCGAAACCUGCCCACUGGCCGAUCGCUUAUCGCCCCCCAGGCUGUGCAACCGGGCAGCCCCCUUCAACCCCGGGGGCCCUCCUCAAUAGGCCAUUGAAUGGCUAUGACCUUGACGUAAAAUAUUACACCCAUCACUUUUCCGAAAUAUAAGGUUAGGUUCCACUUCUGCUGCAACUAUCACCACCUUUAUUACCAUGCAUGGCUACGUGUACAUGAAUGGGGACAUCGGCAAAAGCAAUUCGGGGGCGGCGUUCAUGGGCGCCGUCCCUGAAUCUUCGGGUGGGCCGCUGUCGGGAGCCCCCGGAGCUGCGCACGUGCCCCAUCACCACCACCAGCCCCAUCUUGACUACAGUCUAACAACAGCUGCCGGACCUUCUGCCGUAAACAUCCCCAUAGCAAAUGGGGUUGUAGAUGGUGCGGACGGGUCAACAAUGAGUUCUGCCGAAGGAGGGGCGCCACCCCAUGCUGCCCAGACUCUUACCUAUCCCUUGCCUCAGCUGAAGCAGAUGCUGUCCCAGCAAUUGGAAUACUAUUUUUCCAGAGAAAAUCUGGCAAACGAUGCCUACUUGCUGUCGCAGAUGGACAACGACCAGUACGUUCCCAUAUGGACGGUGGCCAAUUUUAAUCAAGUGAAAAAGCUGACCAAGGACAUCAAGCUCAUUACCGAAGUGCUGCGAGAGUCGCCCAAUGUGCAGGUGGACGAGGAGGGCCUCAAAGUGCGCCCCAAUCACAAGCGUUGCAUCGUCAUACUGCGCGAGAUUCCUGAUAAUACUCCUCUGGACGACGUUAAGAAUUUGUUCUCCGGAGAGAAUUGCCCCAAGUUGAUCUCCUGCGAGUUUGCUCACAAUAGCUCAUGGUACGUCACUUUUGAAUCGGAUGACGACGCCCAGAAGGCCUAUCGUUUCCUGCGCGAAGAAGUCAGGCUGUUUCAAGGACGGCCUAUAAUGGCGCGCAUCAAAGCCAAGACGACAUGCCGACCGCCAUUGCCGCACGCCAUUGUUCCAGCGCCCGCUAAAAACGGAUUCCGGGCUACGCCCCCGCCUCAAGCUGUCUUUGAUCCGGGCGCAUACCCGCCCGGGCAGCAGCGCUUCGUGUACACAAAUGGGGCGCCCGGCCAGCCGCAAAUGCCUGCCGCUGCCGCCGCCCCUUACAGCCAACUGGUUUAUGGUGGUUUCCAGCAGCAGUUUCCCAAUAAUUACGUGGCAGCGUGGUCGCCGUCCGCCACCGGUUUCUUCGAUAUAAGCAGCGUGUUCCAGGUGAAUGGGCUGGCGCCACAGCAGUUCAAGCAUCAAAACUACCGGGGCUCGCAGGGCCGGCCCCGCAACAAGCAGCGUCCAGCCAUCCAAUCGCAACAACAACAAUCAAACAACGAACAACAGGGUCAGCCACAUGGCAGUCAACCGGCGCGGGUGUCGUCCAGCCUGAUGGGUGGCGUGCCUCAUCGCCCCAGCUCUCCGAACUACGGAUAUAUGGGCCAGGUGCCCAACAGCACCCACCAUCCGCAGCAGCGCUUCAGCUCCUUAGGUAGUCUCGUCAACUCGUCAACAUUCAACAGGACCAGCUCGAGAAUGUCGGGCCAUGAAGGCCCCACCCGGCCGCCCACUCCAGAACCGCCGGAAUACCUCGAGCUGUCUGAUUCCACUGGUCGCUACAUUGCCGCCCCUUCGGCUUUGGGAAUGGCCCCAACGAUACAUCCGGACUCACUGGCUGUGGCGGACCUUUAUCAGUUCGGCGCCCCGGCGCCGUUCAUCUACCAUCGUCCCACUGCGGAGGUUUUGCCGCCGCGGCAUCGCAACCGCAAAAAGCGCGACGAGGACGUGCCCGCUCUGACUAAUGGCGCUGCUGCUUCGACUGCGCCCUCUCACCACGCCAAUGGGGCCAACACUGCGCCCACAUCAACCCCAGUCGCAGCCAACGGCUCCAAGUCGCAAUUCGAUCUAGUUGAUGCUGCCUUUCCUCCGCUACCUGGUUUGGAGGCCAGUAACGGACCGCUGCCCACUAAGCCCGCGCAGCACUUCAGCAAUCACAGUGGGCCCACGUAUAGCAACCCCACCUCGCACCAUUUCCCACCAGCCGGCCAGUCAAAAGCCGAGGGGUCCACUCAGACUGUGGAAGUGGCGCCAGCGGCCACAUGGGGCGAAAGUCGCCUGGCUGAUGUGGUCAAGGGCGUGGCCAAAGCGAAGGGCGCUGCGCCCAAGACGGAAACUGCGCCUAAGGAGGAGAGCGACGUUGUGUCGCCGCGCAGCGUUUCACCGCAAAGAGAUGCCAAGACAGAGGAGCCUGUCAGCACUGAAGUAGUGUCAACUCCGCCCAGUUCCCCUCAUAGUAGACCGGCUGUCGCUCAACCGGUAAAAUGUACAAUGUCAGACAAGUCGACAAAGACGGACGAUGUCCUGUUGAAUGGGUGUGACAGAGAGAGCGUGCCCACCACAACAAAUGCCGCAACCAUGACCACCACUGUGGUUUUGCCGACAGAGGGAGCUGCGCGGCCUGUCGGCACUGCCACCACUCAGUCGGCAUUCCAUCGGCAAGACUCAAAAGGGGGCGGCCCGCAGCCCGUUUCUGCUCCUUCUCCUCCACCAACGGAUUCCCCUGGGCAUCCGCCGCGAAUGAGCUACGCGCAAGUGGCUCAACAUCACAAGGACGGACAAAUCAAAGGCGGCAAGCAGGCGGCGCCCUCUGCUGCGCCAGCAGACAAGGCCUUGGACAGCCCACCUGCGCAUAAUCAAAAGGCGAGCCAGACCUCGUUGGGAGCAGGCGCGCGGACGUCCCAAGCCGAACGUGAUAGUAGUGUUAAGGAUAGUCGAGACUAUAAGAAUGAUGGACCGAGGCCAGGAGGACGCAGCAACCCGUCGAAUGGUCGGCAGGCCGCUCAUGAUCGUCCAGGGCGCCGGAAACCGGAGCCCCGCCAGACGCAGCUGCGGGAUUUUGUGCCGUCGGCGCCCCGCUCUCCUAAGUAGGGCCCCCACUCUGGGCAACUGUGCGCAAAGUGCAUCUUGGACUAUUAGCGGCCUGUUAACAGGUUUGAUAUUGCGCGCGUGGAGCAGUCCAUUCUUCUGUACUUCUGUGCGAACAGUGACGAACUUUGCGAACUCUAUUAGUUGAUAAUUGUUUAGCAAUCUGGAAGUCUUCAAUUGCCGACGUUCCACGUUGUUUGCAAAACCCGGUGCAUUCGCAGAUCGCCGGAGCUGUUCGCCACUCAGACAAUUGUUCAGUGUUGUUCCUAGAGCCGGACGAAGUUGAGUUGAAUCGAACGCAAGCAUAACACGGACGAUAUUGACGGCGCUGCGUUGUCUGUGAUUGUCCGCGCUCUUUAAUUUUUAAUCGUUCUUGGUUGGCGAGGUCGGUGAUCGGGUUGGCCACGGCCUUCUCCCCUUGCUCCAGAUAAGGCCUAAUGUUUUCCAGUCCAUCCAGUUCAGUCUCAACUCGGCAACAACCUCAUGACUCGGUUAAUUUGCGUGUCUUGGGCCGAUCUCGCGCGUCUUUUCCGAACCCAACCCGCCGUUUACUGUGUGUAUGCAUGUUUCUUGUACAGGCUGAUAUAUUAACGAUCAUUAAUAUGUUUAAAGAUUAUUUUUGACAGAAAUAACUACUAUUCUUACCAUUUAACUGUAUAAGCUGUAUAAAUGGGACUAUAGCUAUAAUAUUGUAUAUUUAUAAUUUGUUGUUGGGUUUUUCGAUUAGGUUUUACCGGCCCUCGAUCGUUGACUGCUGGUCACUUUCCGGAUAGCUGGCGAUCCAGGGCUUUAGCGAUACGAACGCUUGGCUGCUGUUCUGUUGCUCGACCGCACGCUAGUGAUUUGUACAUGCGUCUUCGAACCGUUUUAGUUAGGGCUGCGUCGUCGAGGGCUUAUCGACUAUUUUGCUAGGUGAUUACUAAGUUAAGAUAGCUGAAAUUGUGAUUUUUAUAUUGUGCGUUGCCACCGUCGGGCAAUUCCCCGGUAGCCAAACAACUUUGUUAGAACUGACCGAUUAACCCGAGCUUGUUGCAAUUUCUCUGUAGGAUGCCCGUGAGGGGAGCGGCAUGGACGCACUACAUACAAAACACUCACUGAACUGUAAUUUAUGUAUCUAUACUGUAAAGCUUGUUAAUAUGACCCCCCAUGUAGUGCGUCUGUUCCGCGAUUGUGAGGAGAAUUCAAAUUUUCAGCUCAGUUGAUGUGAGUUUGGCCCCGGAGUUUCGCGAAAAUCCCCUGUAUAUUAUUGAGUACUUUCUAUUAUCCGAUGGGCCAAAGUAUCGUUGUUAAUAGGCUGUGUUUGUACAUAACUAUAAUACAGAGUGUUUGGGUGUCGCGGCAACGGUUCAGAAAGGCGUCCACUCUUCUCAGUAUCAUGAAAGGGCGUGCGGUCGACGCUGGAUCGGCCGCCGCAAAAAUCUUAUUUUAAGACUGUUAGCUGAUCAUAUGAAUAAUUUUAAGAUUGUUAUUUUGCCCGCAGGGCAACGCGCACCCUUUUCAAGCAACAUACGAGACCAAUGAAAGUAUUUUUAAGUGAGAAAACAGCGCUCGGUUCCGGAACAGCGUUUCGGGGCCGGGGCGCCCAAAAAAAACUUAAUUUCGUUUGGACGGAAGUCUCCUAUGUUUUACUCCCGGGGUGUUAUUUUUAAGGUCAUUAUUAAUCAGUUAUUUUCUUUUUUCCCAUUAUUUUCUUUAAGGUUUGCGAUUAGCGCACGCCUAAUGUUCCUCUCUGUCGAAUGCAUUUAAACAUUACAUCGGCAGCAAAAAUCGAGUAUUUUAUUUUGUUCACCCGACCCAUCCAUUUGGCAGUUGACCGAAAGAGGCUGAUUAGGUUUGUCCUAAUCCAGACCCGCGGGGCAGGGUUUAAUGGGGCUUUUUAUUCAUUUCACUUGCGUUCACUUUUAGGGUUUCGCCUUUGUUUUAUAUAGAAGAGACUUUAGACAGUGAUAUGACUUAAUAAUAUAUAAAUAACUAGUUGUACGUCGAAGAUUGUGUAUAAAAUUACUACUAUUAAAAUGUUUGGAAGAA